AUGGAAUGGGUAACUCUGGAAAAUGUAUUACAAGAUAGAGGUAUUCAAUAUGCUAAGCAUCAAAUUCUAGAUAAAAGCGCAAGCAAGCUAAAAAAAGAGAUCAAUCUUUUUUGCAAGAACAUUAAUUCUAUAGAUGAUUUAAUAGAUAUGAAUCAUUCACAAUACAAUAAAAAUAAGCUAAGCAAGAGAGAUAGAAUUAAGAAUUUUGAAGGUAAUAUAUCCCCACAUAUAUUUUCCUCAACACUAGGAUCAAUUGAAGGAGUUGUUGAUAUUAACAGUCAGCGAAAGUUACACACUUCAAUACUGGAUUGUAUUGAAAAAGGGUAUGUAUCAGACAACAUACAAAUAGUGAAUAUAAUUGAUAACUCUCAUCCUGUAAGAUUGGCCACUAAAGCUAGUUCAAAUUGUUAUAGUUUAAUAUGGAAAGGGCGUAGUUUACCAGAUUCUCAUGAUGUUCCAAUGGUCCUAGGCGAGUAUACUGGCAAUGUGGUAUAUGUUGGUGAGGACGAUAUAAGUGAUGAAUCAUACUCAUUUCAGCUUACUUUCAAAGAUACAGCAUUUAAAUAUCCCAACUCUGUAGUUACUGGAAGCAUACCAUUACUUAAUGAAAGGAUAAUAUCUGAACUCAAUUUAACUUAUAAAAAUAACAAAUAUCAGCCUGAAACUUGUGAAAAUUCAAAUAUAUUAAAUGCUAGCGGCGAUGUUUUAUGCUAUUCAAAACCAUACUCAAAGGUUGAAGAGAUAAAGAGGACAAAUGGGUUAGUUAAAAAGUUAGGUGCGCGACUACUUCUUCCUCAUGAUAAUGAAUAUAUAAUUACAGCUGAUAAUAAAUGUAAUGAAAUGGCAUUUCUUAAUCAUUAUGAAUGUAUAAUAAGUAAUAAUUGCAAUCUCAGAAUUAAUACACAGUGGCACUCUGUAUAUAUUGAUGGUUGGCCUCACAUCUUAUUGACAACUAUUCCAGGGAUUGGUAUAAAGAAUGGAGAUGAGCUUUCUGCUGACUUUGGCAGUUGUUGGUUUUCUAAAAUUAAAAGAAUAUGUAAAAGAAACAUUAUAGAAGAGUUUAUACUUUAUCGGAACAAAUAUUUUAAUUAUUCUCAAAGUAUAGAGAGGGGAUGUAUGAAUAAAUAUCAGCAUAAAAAAGAUACAAAUUUAGACUUUAUAGAAAAGACAGCACUUAAGGAUAUAAGUGACAGUAGCAAUAAGAAGUGUCCUACACUAGAUACUAAAACUAUAAUAGAAAAGUAUGAUACUUAUUGUAAACCAGAACUUCCCUAUGAAUUUUGCAAGGAAAGUGGAAAAGAUAUUUGUGAAAUAUGUCAGCAUAUUGUUCUCCCAAAAACAUCCAAAUAUAAUUUAAAAAAAUUCGUUCCAAAGAGCAUAUCAUAUCAAUGCUUUCCAGAUAUUCCUGAUAAUAUUCAGUCAUAUGUGGUAUGUAGUGGCUGUAAUAGAGCUUAUCAUUGGCAAUGUAUUCAACGUCCAGAAUUAACAAAAUUAUCAAUGAUGUUUAACCGAUGGUAUUGCUUUCAAUGUAUACAGCUUGCAUUAGAUAUUCUACCUUUAUUAAUUAAAUGCAUCCCUGGAAUAGACUUAAAUAUAAUUAAAAUUAUAAAUGACUUCUUUAGUGGAAAUAUAUUCUACUCUGGAGUUGUAGAUGUUAACAAUAGACUAAUUUUGCGCUCUAGUGAACAAGUUUUAAGAGAAAAUCCAGGAACAAUUAGUUUUAGACCAUCUGAAAAUUAUAUUGUAAAUCAACGUUUUAUAGAAGAAGAUACUGGUCUUAAAAGUCUAUCUUACCUAAAACCAUGUUAUAUAUGCUAUUCAACAAUUCAAUUUUCUCGUAUAUGUAGUACUGGCAUUGCACUACUGUGUAGGAUAUACAGGAUGCACUUAGCACCAGAUUACGAUGAACUAUUUAAUACACUUCAAUUCAAUCAAGUAACAGAUUCAAAAAGUAAAAGGAACUUGGCUUCAAUAUCAUUUAUUAAUGGGAGCUCUGUAUUCCAACCUCAUUGUGAAUUUUCUAAUAAUAGUAAAAAAAGUUUACUAAAUACAAAUACUGGGGACCAGUUUAGAGUAAAGUGUAUAACAGAACGAAGCCGCAAGGUUAUAAACUCUUUGAGGUUAUCCUUAUAUCAGUCAGAAAAUCACCGUUCUGAACUAUUACUAAAAUUAGAAUCUUUAAGGAGUAUACAAGACAAAUACUUUUACACAAUAACAGCAGGUAAUGGACUAAUUCCAGUAAUAUGUAUAAAGCUUGGUGAGACGGUAAUCAAUAAGAUAUUUAAUGGAGUGCUCUACGAAGGAGUAGUCACAAGAUAUUAUCCUAAGGAACGAUUAUUUCAUAUAGAAUACUCUGAUGGUGAUGCUGAAGAUAUGGAAUAUUCUGACUUUUUGUACACUUUUUAUAAUGAUAUUAAGUCUGGUAGAAUUCCAUUUGAGAAAAUUUUAGUCCCCACUGAAGUGAACAAAAAUAGUAACUUUCAAGUGACUGAGUAUAAUUUUGAUGAAAUUAAUAUAGGUGGAACUUUAAGGAAUAAUUCAGAAUUUUUUGGAGAUCGACUAAAAAUUGAUAGAGGCAUAUCAAAAUACAAUAAGUCUAGCCAAAAUACGGAAUCUCACAUAUUGAAUGUGUCUGUUGAUAAUACCAGUGAUAAACACACUAUUUCAAAGUGCUCAAUAUUAGAUAUUAUAGAUUUCUUCCAUAAAGUUUUUACCAAGAUCUGCAAACUUCAAUUUUUAAUGAAAGGAGCAGUUAGACUUUUCGAAAAACCAUGUUAUAGAUACAUAAAUGAGCCUAUAUGGUGUUGCAUGGAGGGAAAAUACAAUGUCAAGAAUAUUACUGCGACUUAUUCAAUUGAAAUAAUCACUUCUGAAAUUGAAAGAGUUAACUUAAACUUGUCUUUGCGCUCUAAAAUAUCUUUUGGGUCUAUUAUAUUGAAGCGUGAUAUUCCUCUAAAGUUGGCCUUCGAAGAUCUUGGAAAUCCUUAUAACUGUACUAUAGACUUGAAUAAUGGAUAUACUUGUGUAUCUUCUCGAACAAGAAGCAAUAAAAUAAAUAAUUUGGGGAAUAUUAUGGAAUGUACAUCUGAAAGUGCACUUAAAUGGAUAAAUGAGCGUAUAGAAGAAAUUUGUGAUGCUGAUGAACUAAUUGGGGCAAACACUGAAAUAAAUAAGUAUGAAAGUACUCAUGAAACAAGUCGAAAUUGCAAAGGAGACCUUAAAUCAAGUACAGUAGGUACUUCUGAUCUAAUGACAAGUAUUAAUAAUCUUAUAUCAGAAGAAUGGAUUAAACGUUGUAAUGAACUGGCACAGAUACUUGAACCUUAUCCACCUGGUAUAAAGUGGUUAUCAAAAAAAUGUGCAUGGAAAAUCACAUAUAAAAGUGAGGAUGGAGAAAGAAGAAAUUCAAAGCUGCAAGUUUACCCUAGUUCAGACACUAAUACUGUGGAAGGAUUGUAUAUUAAAGCAUGUAAUAUUUUAUUAGUGCAAUCUAUGCCGUUUGAUUCUUUUAAUUAUAUUAAUUUAGAAGAGGGAAGUAAAGAAAACACAUAUACUGCUAUUGAGCAUACCCAUAAGGACUUUAUGAGUAGUACUAAAGAUCUGAAACAUUCUCAAACAAUUUUUAGAUCUUACAAUUUUAGUGAAAAUAAGAGGUUACUAGAACUAAUAAGGGAAGAAGUGGAUUCGAUCAAUCCAAUGCCGAAAUUUAUCAUUUGGGAUGAAGAAAAAUUGGCAUUUAAAAUUAAGUUUUCUGGGCAUAGUGAACAACUUUUAUUCCUAAGUGACUUUGAUUUCCAAGUUGACAAAUGCAUAAACUUUGCAGUUAAACAUUUGAAGUAUAUAAGUGCAAUUAAGAGUAGUAAAGAUGAAAUUGGUGGGAAUGAAGAUUUACGCCCUAUAAAUACAGUUUCUGAUAUAGAAAUAGAACACUACAAGAAGGGAAUUAGUUACUAUUCAAGUUUUUUAGACAAAUCAGGUGUAUUAUCAAAAGAUAUUGACAAUGUAUGUGAUAAACUUAUAGAGGAUACAGAUAAAUGCAACGACCUCGCUAAAAACUCAUAUAAUUUGUUAGAAAAGAAAACAAAACUUAGAAGAACUAAUUUAAAGGAAAACAUACCCAAUACACAGAUAAACGGUGAAGUGGUAAGUCUGAAGUGUGAUAAAUCUGAAUAUAAUGACAUGAAACCUAUAGUUAGGGCAUCACCAACUCCAUUGGAUCCAGAGAGUCGUGCAAGAAUUAUUGAAUAUAGUAAGGAAGCUGAUCUGUUGAGACCAUUCCCACAUGGUAUUACUUGGUGUUAUAGAUCUGCAAGAUUUAAGGUUCGUUAUCGUAGAAGCACAGAUGGAGGUUGGACUGCCACAUCAUUUCCUCCGUCAAAGUUUGAUUCUGUGAAGACUGCACUAAACUUUGCAAUGCGCAAAUUAGCAAUGCACAUUGAUGAUUAUAAAAACAGUAUUACUAUUCCAAAAUUACCUGACCACCUAGUUUAG